UUGUUAUAAAGGAACACACGAAAUACCUUCACACUCAAUCACCAUAUAGCAUACGUCAUACAUAAGGUAUGGUUAAGAGGAUCGCGGGCUCAACUUAUAAUAUUUCUGCGACUUGCUUUCCUGAUAGCGGUAAACAAGGGGAUAAAGAAUGUUUUCAUAUCGACUUAAAAAACGACUGUUUUGUUAUACCUUCACGUCUGCUGUCUGACCAGCCCAAUAGCUAAACACUUUACCAAUGGCAAUAAUUGAGCAGACAAAAUAUUGAUAUUUCAAGUUUCUUUACCGUAAAUGGCCAGUGAUAUUGAGGAAUUAGCUUCGACAGUGCGCGAGUAUUUUGUCAAGAACGAUGGUCGAGUAAAGCUAAACGACCUUUUCGACCACUUCCGUGAUCAGUUGGACAAAUUAAACGAGCAAGGGACUUCAAAGAAUCGAUUUACAGACAUAGUGGAUUCAUUGGCUACCUUGCAUACGCUGGAGGGUGAAAAGUACUUUGUUUUGAAGAAGAAUAAAAAUGGUCACACUCCAGUUGUAAUGCGACGAAAUGCUCGUCAGUCUUUUCAUCACAGGAGAGACAAAGGAGUUUCAUUGCCAGCAUCUAUGAGAAAUUUUAGAUUCUCCACUGCAGAGGAUUCACUUAGAAAUUAUUCUGGUGAAAAUAAAGGUCGACCUGCACGAACUAGAACAAUGGUCAGGUCUGAGGCAAAUGAUUUUUCAACUAAAAGAAAUCACAGUGAUAACCUAAAUGAUGAAAAUGUUGGUGCAACUGACAAUGGAUCGGAUUCAACAUCUGAAUCAUUUCAAGAUUCAAGGCAAAGUUCUCUUUCGAAGAUAUCUGAUUUUGAUGAAAAAAGCGAUGCUAGUGGAAACAUUGUGUUUUAUAAUAAUGAUGAAUACAAUGAACAUGAUACAUAUAGUACAUCUAAUAUGUUGACACCACGUGAAAAAACAUGGAUGAUGUCCGCAAUUAGAGGAAACAAUUCCAAGAUAAAAUGUCUACAUUUUGAAGAGCCAGAUAUAGUGAAGUUUAAAGAUUUUGUAAUGGGCUAUACUGCAUUGCAUUGGGCUGCAAAAAAUGGCAAUGAAGAUCUAGUAAGGAUUUUGGUUGACAAAGGGGCUGAUGUGAACUCUCAAUCGAAUGGUGGUUAUACUCCACUUCAUUUGGCUAAAAUGCAUCAGAAAAACAAUGUUGUCGACAUAUUGCUUAAAGAAUUCCAUGCUAAUGAACACAUUAGGGAUCAUAGUGGUAGCAAAGCAAAGGAUGUCCUUGGAAAGAAUACAUCUGAACAGAUAAAAUUGGAACUUGCAGACUCCACAGAACAAGUGCAUGAUUCAUCAUUCAGCAACAAUGGUUCUCCGAAAGAGAGGUCCAGAUCGAAAUCAAAAUCGACUUCAAUACUGUUUUCCAAGAAACCAAAGAAGACAAAAACAAAUCGUCCUCUUAUUGAACAUUGGGACAGUAGGAAAGAACAAAGACUGGAAUCAAGUGUGGAUGGGGUGGAAAAAGACUUUGAUAAAAUUGAACCACGGAAUCAUGGAAGUUUAUUCCCCAAGAACUUUUAUCCUGAAAUAAAACCAAAUGAUUAUGACAUGCUCGAGUCAGAGGAUGGCAGUCUUGUGAAUGAUGUAAAUGAGCGACAAAAAUCGUUCCCUGGCAGCUUUUACAUUGGGAACGAGAUUCUCGAAAAUGAUUUAUCUGAAAAUGAUUCUGUUAAUGAUGAGAUUGAUAUGACGUCAACGUCUCCAUCAAAUGUGGGCGCGCGUAACUUGUCUGAAGGUGAAGCGACCUUGAUGUCUCCGCACAAUGAUACUUCUUAUGAAGAAGAUGAACUUGAUGGAAGAACGAAGUUAGUGAGUACUGACAAUGAUCCUACUAGACCACCAAGGAAGAAAGAUGUCAAGAAAGUCGCUCCUCGAGAUAAAAGUGGGUUAAUCCUACCUCAGGAUGAAGGGGAAAACACUUCUGAAAUAAAUACGUAUGAAAAGGUGGAAGGGAUGGUUUCAAAUGGUAGCCAAACCUCCAGACUUUCAAUCAGCCGAGAAUCGGAGGGUUUUUCAAUACCUCGAGCUUAUAGUGAAGGCAGUAUAUUGAAGUUCAAGCGUAAAUCAGAAGGUUCUGCGUUGACUUCGCUUUCAAAUACCUAUGGUUAUAAAGAAUCAAGGUAUGAACAACCCGAACGUGUUAUAGACUCUCGUGGAACUUCUAGCAAUCAGGCAGAUCAUCUACCAAGGAGCUUUUCCGCACAUAAUCUCAAGUCUAAUGGCGAAGAGCGGAGCUUUGAUAAACAAAGCCCCACUCAUGCAAGCUAUAACAUGCAAAAAGAAUUUGUCUACGGACAAUCUUCUAAUAUUGUCAAUCAAACUCAUAAUGUUUUGUCGAAUAGCAAUGAUCACAAGACUAGUUAUGACAAAAAUAAUGAGAAACCUGUCUCUAAAGUGCACAAUGAGAAAAACAAGAGGGAACUUCCACCUUACCGUCCACCUCAAUCGUUGUCACAUCUCACUUCGCCACCACCUUACAAGCCUCAAGGUCAACGAAAGAACCCACCUCCCUACCGCGGUAAGUCUUUUGAACUGAAUGAGCUAUCCUCAACUGAAGAGGCGUCUGCAUCCAAUAACUCCAUUUCAAAUCCAAACGAUAUAAAUCCUAUUGCUCCCCCUCGAAAAAACAGGAAAUCUUUAUCAUCUGAUGGAACAUCAAUAUCUCACAUUAAAUCUCCAGUUAGUCAAACUAAUGAACUGCAUGACCCCGUUCCCCCACCUCGUAAACACAGAUCUUCCGUUGAUGGAGUCCCCUCUUCAUCAUCUCGUCAAACAAACAAAACCACUGCAUCUGUUGUACAUAUAUCCUCUCAAUAUGAUAAACCUUCGCCACUUUCCCAAUCAUUGCCUUCCUACCCUCAAAAUGGUAGCAAAACGUAUGAUUCUAUGAGCGCUAGAAAUGUCGACGAUGAUUCCCAAGUCAUUGUUGCUCGAACUUAUGAACCACCAGUAAAUUCUCGAUCGAAUUACCACUCGAAUAAAAGACCAAGUGAUUCUUAUCGAGGAGAGUAUGAUGUGGAAAAGAAGGACAGAUACUAUUCGAGAUCUAAUGCUUCAGUUUUCCCGUUUACCGAUCGUUCAAUUUCUCUUUCGCAUUCCAGAAAUCUAGGAAGAUCAGAUUCUUCGCUCUACAAUCCUGGAUAUUAUGAUUACAACACUUUCCAUCGAAAUUCAGAUUUUGCUAUCGGUUACCGUAGCCAGUCAACUGAAGAUGAGCAAGAUUAUUCUAAAUAUAGAUCAUAUGAACGUGUUAGUCAUGAACGAGGUGUUAGCUAUCCUAACUCUUUACGUUCUAAAUCAGCUGCUGAUAUACCAUCUUCUCACCCAUCACCAGAAAAUAUUUUUACAAGAAAAACUACGGUGACAGAGUCAGACCACGUGGCACGCCGCACCAAGAACGUCACUGACACAGGGAACAUACACUCUUUAAACGAUUCUCGUGGAAUAAAUGGAGGACGACUGCUUGAUAGUAGAACAAGAUCACAAGGAGAUCAAAACAACUUAUCAAGGGAGUCUGAACGUAUUUUUGAGAAACGAAGGACUUAUAAUGACCAAACUUUCCGUAGCAGCAAGGACAAUUUGGAUAAAAUACAUCCUGGCAGGAAAGUUGAUUCGACUUCAAAUUCCCCAGAAGCAUCGAACGAAAAUAGUGAUACUAAAUAUCGGUUAACGUCUGUCAUAUAGACGAGAAUGGGACGGAGGAAUCUGCAGUGUUUUUGGAAAGUGGUUUUACAUGUAAAUGAUGUGAAGCCAGUGUUGGAAGUAUAUUUGUUUUGAAAAGGGGUUUUGGUUGAACUAUUUUUCACUUGUAACAAAGUUUAAGUAGUACAAGCAAUUUUGAGUUGCUGUGUAAGAUAUAAGCCUAAGUACAUGUUAAAUGAUAUUAGUAAAGUUCUGUAGCAGUAGGGAAUUUAUGAAAAAGUCAUUUGUAAGAGUGUUUAAUGUUUUGUAAAUCGAGUCGUAACAAAAUCAAUAAUAUUUCAUCAAAAACCUUUU